CCCUCCGGCUACCGUGUGAAGAAGCUAUGGCGGAGGUUAUUCUCUCUGCCUUGGUGCAGGUGUUGCUUAAGAAAUCCACAUCCCACAUCCUUCGUCAAUAUGGAAAGAUGUGGGGCUCCACUCUCUUUAAGGAGCUGAAAAAGCUUGAGAGCACGCUGUCCACCAUUCAAGCCGUCCUCCAAGAUGCUGAGGAGAAGCAGGUGAAGAACGAGGCGCUGAAAAAAUGGUUGGCAGAUCUCAAGGAUGCAGCCUAUGAUACUGAAGACAUCCUGGACGAGUUCAACUGCGAAGUUCUGCGGCAGAGGGCGGAAAUCCGAGAUCGCACGAAGAGGAAGGUAUGGGACUUCUUCUCUUUCCAUAAUCCUAUCAUAUUUCGCAUUACAAUGAUCAAUAAGAUUAAAGAGAUCGUGGAGAGGUUGGAUAACAUUGCAAUGGAGAGAUCUAAGUUCCAUCUGACAGAAAUUGGUCCAGUGGAUAGGCAGUAUUUGAGUACAGAGAGACCAGAAACUCACUCGUUUGUCAACGAGUCAAACAUCAUUGGAAGAGAGGAAGAUAAGAAGAAGAUCGUAGAGUCGCUCAUCAGUCGAGCUGGCAGGAGUGACGUUUCGGUCCUUCCAAUACUGGGGAUCGGGGGCCUUGGGAAGACUACGCUAGCACAGCUGGUGUACAAUGAAAUAACGGUUGCAGAGCAUUUCCAACAGCGCAUAUGGGUCUGUGUGUCAGAGAAUUUUGAUAUCAAAAAUAUUGUCAAAACAAUAAUAGAAUCGGCAACUCAGAGAAAAUAUGAACUUUCUGAUAUGGAUUCUUUACAACGUACUAUGAGAGAAGUUCUCAGUGGUAAGAGAUUUCUGCUUGUGCUAGACGAUGUUUGGAAUCCAUGGGAAGAAUUAAAAGAAUUGUUAACAACUGGAGCUGAUGGAAGUUGCGUUAUUGCGACAACCCGCAGUACAAAUGUUGUUUCAUCUAUUAUCGGCACGCUCGAUGCUUAUGAACUGAAACCUCUGUCCGAUGAUGAAUGCUGGAGCUUGUUUGAAAGAAACGCAUUUUCUGCGGGUGGUGCGGAGAAGUCUGCAAAACUGGUACAAAUUGGAAAAGCAAUUGUGGACAAGUGCGGAGGCCUGCCCCUGGCGGCGAAGAUGCUCGGGAGAUUAUUGCGCACGAAGAGGGAGGAGAGGGAAUGGAGGUUCGUGAUGGAAAGUGAAAUUUGGAAACUACGUGAUGAUGAGAUCCUCCCUUCAUUGAGGUUGAGCUAUAAUCACCUGCCUUGUCAUGUGAAACAAUGCUUUGCUUAUUGUGCCAUAUUCCCAAAGGAUUAUGAAAUAGACAAGGAGAUGCUGAUCCAGUUGUGGAUGGCUAAUGGAUUUGUUCCAUCCGAUCGGGAGGAGGACAUGGAAUUGAAAGGCCAGGAGAUUUUUAACGAGCUUUUGUCAAGGUCCUUCUUCCAAGAGUUCAAGGAAUUUCGAAGUUCCCGCACUCUGAUCACGCAACAGACAUGCAAAAUGCAUGAUCUGAUUCACGACCUUGCACAAUCCAUUAUGGGGAAUGAAUGCCAGAUUCUUGACAAGCCUCAAAGCAUUUCAAAUACAGCCGUUCGGCAUUUAUCCAUAACCAUGGAUGAUCCGCAGCUUUCCACCAUGGAGAAGGUGCAUACAUUUAAAACGCUCCGGACACUGCUGCGGUUGAACGGUUGGAGGAACAUUGAUCUUUCCCAUGUAAAUUGCGCAGAGAGCAAGUUGCGGGUACUAGGCUUAAGUGGAGCUUUGAUAAACGACUUUCCAAUUUCAAAUCUCCAUUUAAAGCAUCUAAGAUACCUUGACUUCUCCAGAACUCACAUUACUGCAUUACCUGAAGCUGCAUCCAGCCUUCUGAAUCUGCAGACGUUGAACCUCUCCCACUGUAACCUACUUCGUCACCUGCCCCAUGGCAUUAGAAAGAUGCGCAGUCUCAAGCAUCUUUAUCUUCACGGUUGUGAAAGCUUAUUAAGCAUGCCUAGAGGGAUAGGGCAAUUGAGGUGCCUCCGUACGCUGACAGCAUACCCAGUUGGAAAUGAGAUUGGAAGUGGACGUAUCAAAGAGCUGAAAGACUUGUGCAUCGGGGGCUUGCUCGAACUUCAUGGCCUGGAGAAUGUGAGGAGUGUAGCUGAAGCUGAAGCUGCCCAUAUAGGUUCCAAGCAGGAUCUCCAGUAUUUGAUUUUGCGCUGGUCGGAUGGAAGAACAUCUAAUGAAUUAAUAGAAGGGGAUGCAGACAAGGUUCUGGAAGCCCUUCAACCUCCCCAAGGCUUGAAAUGGCUGCAAAUAUCACACUACCCAGGUAAAAGACUUCCUACAUGGUUGGUGGGCCAAUCGAUGCUCCUGUCGAAUCUGGUUGGAAUCACUUUGCAUAAUUGCCCCAAAUGUGAGCAUGUCCCACAUCUUGGGCGGCUUCCCUGGCUUGCGACAUUAAAAAUAGAUGGUCUCUCUUCUGUGAAGCACAUGGGCGGUGAUGACUUCUAUGGCAGUGCAGGUGGAGGAGACCAGUAUGAUGUCGUAUUCCCUUCACUGAGGACAUUUGUGCUACGUGGCAUGUAUGACUUGGAGGAAUGGUCAGGAGUGGAAGGAAGACCAUCCUUCCCUAAACUUGAGGAUUUAACAAUCUCGGUUUGUCCAAAGUUAACUACCAUCCUACGUGCUCUGUCACCAAUGAGGCGGUGGGAAAACUUCAACUCUCUUCAGCGGUUGACGAUUGGAAACUGUGGUAGUUUGAUUUCCUUGCCAGUUGAAAUGAUACAAUGCUUAAGUUCCGUCAGAUAUCUAGAGAUUAGUAAUUGUGAGAGCUUCAUUGGCUGCUCGUCAUCAUCAGGUGGAGUAGCGGUGCUGGGACUGCAACACCUCACUGCACUUGAAACACUUGUCAUCGAUGGCUGUCCAAAGUGGGGCGACUUUCCAAAUGAUUCGCUGCAUCACCUCACUGCUCUGAAAGAAUUCACUCUUGCAGCUUGUGAAGGAGCGACAGCACUACCUGAAUUCCCAGAAUCGCUGCUGGAUCUACGCAUUAUGCGUUGCCAUAACAUCAGCUCUCUGCCAGAAGGCUUGGGGCGCCUCACAGCACUCGAAAUUCUUCAAAUUCGUGAUUUACCAAAGCUCUCCUCUCUGCCUCGAGGGACGGAAGGCUUCACAGCACUCCAUUCUCUUCAAAUUAUUAAUUUACCAAAGCUCUCCUCUCUGCCUCUAGGGAUGGAAGGCUUCACAGCGCUCCAUUCUCUUCAAAUUAUUAAUUUACCAACGCUCUCCUCUCUGCCUCAAGGGAUGGAAGGCCUCAAAGCACUCGAAUUUCUGGAAAUUAAUAGUUUACCAGAGCUCUCCUCUCUGCCUCAAUGGAUAGAAGGCCUCACAGCACUCAGGAGACUUGAAAUUCAUAAUUUACCAAAGCUCUCCUCUCUGCCUCAAGGGAUGGAAGGCCUCACAGCACUCCAUUCUCUUCAAAUUAUUAAUUUACCAAAUCUCUCCUCUCUACCACAAGGGUUGGAAGGCCUCACAGCACUCAAAAUUCUUAAAAUUCAUAAUUUACCAAAGCUCUCCUCUCUGCCUCAAGGGAUGAAAAGCCUCACGGCACUCGAAAUUCUUGAAAUUCAUAAUUUACCAAAGCUCUCCUCUCUGCCUCAAGGGAUGGAAGGCCUCAAAGCACUCAAGUUUUUUAAAAUUUAUAAUUUACCAAGGCUCUCCUCUCUGCGUCAAGGGAUGGAAGGCCUCACAGCACUCCAUUCUCUUCAAAUUAUUAAUUUACCAAAGCUCUCCUCUCUGCCUCAAGGCCUCAAAGCACUCAAGAGCUUGUGCAUUUUUGGAUGCCCUAAACUGAUCUCACUGCCAAAGGGACUGCAACAGCAUCUCCCCAGCCUCAGUGAGCUGGAGAUAAGGGGCUGUCCAAAACUGGAGAGAAGAUGCAAGGCCGGAGGAAAGUAUUGGGCCCUCAUUUCAGGCAUCCCACACACGAAGAUCGGCAGAUGACGAGCAGGCCCUAUGCAGCACCUCAGCAUCACAAGGAAGCAGAUAAGAGGAAUCUACCCCUGGCCCAAGGCAGUAGGCGUCAACAUCCUUGGGGACCGUGUGGCCAUCUUUAUUGUGUUUUUCUUGUAUCACUCAUUUUUCUCGUAUGCUCUUCUGGUUUUUGAUUUGAUGUUUCAAACAUACCCUACCCAUGUUGUUUUUCUCACUUCAAAGCGGCGCUUUGUUUGCUCUAUAUUUCAGAAGGCCCCUGAAUAAUCAAAUUGUCCUGCUGCUGUUCUUUUUGAAACAAAUUAUUAGCAAAUUUCUGUCAGAAUUUGAACCGAGUAUGAUGUGUUAGGUUUGUUAUUGCAUUCUUUU